AGUGAAGCCACCCAGUGGAAACCCCUCUGCCCUCAUCUAUUGGCUGCUGGUGGGGGGUGGAGGUUGUGUCUCAUAAACUAUGUGUGUGUGAUCUCAGGUAUAUAAGAGGAGCUGACAGGUGUUCUCACCUCAACACAACAUUAGGUCGAUCAGAGAUGUGGAUGCUCGUCAUUUUCAGUGCCUUGUUUGGGGCGUUGGGGUCACAGGAAACGCCCUCUGCAGCAGCUCAGCAGCUGCAGGCCCUUCACUGCCCGCCCUGCGAGAGGAUACACUGCUCCACCCGGCGGGCGCUGAAGCUCCAGUGUAAAGGUGGUGUGACGACAGGUGUGUGCGGCUGCUGCCCCGUGUGUGCCAGAGCAGAGGGGGAGACCUGCGGAGGAACGUGGGACUAUCUGGGCAAGUGUGAUGAGGGACUGGUGUGUGUUUAUGAAGACUCAGCAGCUGCGAAACCAGACACAGAGCGCAGAGGCAUCUGUAAAGCAGUGAUUGCCUCAGUGGUUCCGGAGAGCUGUCAGCCAGAGUGCACGAGGGAAUACUGUCAGGCCAACCCCACUCACAUCUGCUCUGCCAGGUUUGUGUCUCUGGAGAAGCCAGCAUGCCAGGGCUCCUGCCAACACACCUCCUGUUCAAGCUGUCUGCUGCUGAAACCCCCAUCAUGCCCUCAGACCUGCACCCCCUCUGACUCCUCCUGCCUACAGCACUUUGGGAAGUGUGUGCACAAUCACCUGACCGCUCAUAGCAGUGUCUGUCACAACAACCUGCAGAGUCAUCCUGAGGGGCAUUUUCUGUGUUUGGUCCCAGCCUGUCCAAACACACCGAAAUAA